CAGUAUUGAAAGCGUCAAGAACUAAAACAACCAGCAGACGUAAGAAGAAUGACUUUGCAAGCGCAACUUCAAAAUAGAACCAAACGAAAGCCUAAUCUUAACGGUAAAAUAGGUACAACUCUUCACGGCUACUUUCCACUACUGUUCAUCGCAUUUUUAUCUGUCACCUGUCAAGCUGAAUACUUCUCAUCAACCGACAGCUUACCAGUGCUGGCAGUCGCAGAGGAAGAUUUAAUACAGUGGUAUAGGAAUUUGCUCGAUUCUCAGGCGGACGAUUUUGCAGUAUAUCGCAAUUUCAUAGAAAAAGUAAAGAAGGAACAUGCAUUGGCGCUGGAGGAUCCCGAGGAAUAUCUGGGAAACCCUUUAAAUGCAUACAAAUUAAUUAAACGAACUGUUGUUGACUGGACUGUUAUAACGGAAAAUGUUGGGUAUAACAAAGGCCUGAAAGCACUUAAGGAAAACCUAACGGCGUUAACUGCGGAUAUUUCUUUUCCUGACGUUAAUGAAUUACGCGGUGCGGCCAAGGGUUUGGGUCGCCUACAGACCAUGUAUAAUUUAAGAACACCAGAUUUGGCAGAUGGUGUUAUCAGUGGCGUUUAUUACGGUUCGGAUCUCUCUGUACACGAAUGUUUUGAAAUCGGAAGCAAUCUUUUCGAAGUUAAGGAAUAUCCUUUGGCAAUAGAAUGGUUACAUUUAGCAUUGAAGCUGAUUUAUAAUGGUGAAACUGUGAGCAUUAAAACUUCAGAAAGUGAUUUUGGUGAUAAAGAGAACACAGAUGAUGAUACAGAGUUGAGAAGAAAUGAAGCUGAAUAUGCCGAUGAAUAUGACGAGGAUGAUGACGAUGACGAUGAAGAUGACGAAGACGAUGACGAUGACUAUGAAGAUGAUGAGAUGGAAGAUCUUAUUUAUGAACCACGAUAUGGUGUAUUUGCUCCUGUAGUAUUGUUCGAUUGGGAUGAAGAUGGUAACAUAAUUACUGAAGAUGAUAUUGAAAGAAGUGACAACCGUCAAGAAAAAUCAUUUGCAUCCGAACAAGACCCGGUAACAGAGAAAAUAUUAAUCGAAACACUGGAAUAUUUAACACUCGCCAACUAUGAGUUGAGCCAACAAGACGAAAUGCAGAUUUACAUUAACGAAAUAUUAGAUAUAAAUCCGGAACAUGUUUUUAAGGACUUGAGAGUUUAUAUGAAUACUAAAGAACCUCAAAAUCGCCCCGCUUUCGACAGUUUCUUUGAUUUGCAGCGUUUCGAAUGGUUUGCGAACUACUCACGUUUGUGUCAAGGUCAACAAGUGGAACAAAAAGGACUACAUCAACUCAAGUGCAAAUUAGAUACUCUCAAUCAACCACUAUUCAUAUUGGCACCAUUGCGAAAAGAAGAAUUGCAUGCAGAUCCCGAAAUUGUCGUGUACCAUGGAGUGCUAACCGAUAAACAUAUUGAUGAUAUACUUGAUCAGUCCGAAGCACAUAUGGUUCGAUCACGUGUUGGCGGUGGAAAUGAACAUUUGGUUCGCGAUGUGCGCGUCAGCCAACAAACUUGGCUAACAUAUCAUAGUCCAACGCUAAAAUACAUCUAUCGUACGGUAUCGGCUAUAACUGGUUUCGAUUUAACGAAUGCUGAAGAUAUGCAGGUGGCAAAUUAUGGCAUCGGGGGGCAGUACGAUCCGCACCACGACUAUUUCGAUAACUUUGAUCCGACUGUUAAAUCUCCAUGGAUUGGAAAUCGCAUAGCAACACAUUUAUUCUUUGCUUCUGACGUCGAGCAGGGCGGUUAUACGGUGUUUCCCUUCUUGAAUGUUUACGCAAAACCCGUAAAGGGUUCGAUGGUUAUGUGGCGUAACUUGCAUAAGUCUUUGGAUCCCGACAGACGUACUUUGCAUGCCGGCUGCCCCGUAAUCAAGGGCACCAAGCGAAUUUGCAAUAUUUGGGUCCAUUCUGGAUAUCAGGAAUUUAGCCAUCCCUGUGGUUUAAUACGUGACAACUACAAGUCGGCUCAUGUCAAAUAGAAAUAAUAAAUAAAUA